UUCUCUAUCAACUGAAGAAAAACAUCAAGUCCUUUACUUUACGCGUCUUAUCUCGAGCAUAAGUUUACAUCGAGCUUUCACCUCUCUACCAUUCAAGAAUCUCAAGCUGAGCUUGAAGACUACCUAGUCUCACCUGCCAUAAUCUCCUCGCCGUUAAACACUUUCGCCGUUAAAAAUCAACCCGCACCUGCCUUCGAGCAGAACUUUUGGCGUCCAUGCCCACCAUGGAUAACCAAGACGGCGACCAGCGUAAGCCGGGCACUACUGAUACCACCGAUCAAAAAGUAGCAGAAACUACUUCUAGUGAAAAGCGCAACAGUUCUGCUGAACCAAAGCAGGCAGCAUCUCCUGCAACAGAUACACAAGUGAACGAUGUGGCUGAUGAUACAGCCAACGAUGACAAGUUGACGUCGCCUCCCGACACUAGCUCGGUUUCUAGUGUCAAUCCAGAUGUGUUGGGUGAUGAGAUCAUCGUGGGAACCCGCGCAAAUGGUGCCAAGUCUCCCGCACGCCGUGCCGUUUCAGUACGAGAAGAUGUGACCAUGGCCGAUGCUGACGACGAUGAGCCGGUGCUCCCUAAGCGGGACGUUAGACGCGAUCCCAAGCGCAAACGUCCUCUUGAAAAUGACUACGAUGACACCAGGGAUGCCACUGCGCAGGCUAAGGACACGGUUUAUGAUACCGAUGCUAGCGUGAGCAAGGGCAGACGAGAGCGCCAGAAGGCCGAGGACGAGUCUAAACACGUCCCUAUUGGUUAUUGGCGUGACUCCCCUGUUCCCAACGAGAGAGGCAAGCACAGGGUGAUAGGAUUCAUUGACGCUAGAGAUCGUCUACGAACACGUAUAAGGAAUGUGAAUCUCAAUGGUGAAGCGAUCAAUGUCCGACUCUUCCCAGUUCCCCCUGGCCCUGGUGGUAGCUGGGUAACGUUUGAGCGUAUUGUCUUCCUCGACCACCUUAUCGGACAUGACCACAACGUCAUCAAGGAAUACGUCAGGGCACGCGCCGAGACAAAUCAGACGCGCACCGAAGAAGCAGAUGUUGCAGCUGUUCGAGAAGCUCAGCACCGUCUUUCGCUUAAUCCACCUCCGGAAACAAAUCAGCCACCUGCCAUAGCCUGGGGACAAGACUUGCCAGAGUCUGUGCAACGUCCAGAAACAAAGCGUCGUCGUUAUGGUAGCGCUGCUGGCUCUACCGCAGACCGUCCCGAGGGCUCAGACCGUCCCGAACGUCAAGAACGUCAAGAACGUCUGGCACGUAAUGAACAGUCUCAAGCUGGUCCUAUUGAACCUCAACCGCAGGCAGAGAUCCUGCCACCCCCUCGCAAGCCUACGCGCAUUCUUGUUGGCGUUUGGAGCAAGUCGCCUCCGCCCGACGAAGACGACAAGCAUGCCGUAUUCGGCAUCCUCGGUGCUAACGAUAUGUUUAGAGUAAAGCUCGUUAAAGAAACCAAGGAUGGUCGCUUCAUGGAGGAUAGUUUCCCCACUGGAGCAGGCGCAUUGUGGAUAUCUUAUGACGAAGUUAUCUUCCUAGACCACUUGAAGGAUCUGAUUCGACCCGAGAUCAAAGAAUAUGUCCGUAUUCGACAAGCUCAGAUCGAUGCCGGCGAGGUGCCGGCUGAAAGGGUAGCCAACGAGACCCAGGCAGUGCAUCAAGCCCAAAUUCGCGUAGCACAAGCGGGAAUAGACAGUCCUGUUAGAGCUAGCCCUCAAAUGAAUUCUAAUCACUCCAACGCUGCCUCGCAAGCUGGUAGUGUACACGAGGAAGUUCGAGACAGUCCUGAACUACGACAUGCGCGACGAGAUGCCACGCCUAGAAGUGCUGAAAUUCCUCGACAGUCCCGUUCCUACCCCUCCGAGAUUGAGAUUCGACAAGCUGGUCAAAUCAAUCGAACCCCUAGUAACGAUCCUAUUGAGCGCGUUCAAGGGUUCGCUAAUCGCGAGGUGGCUAGGAUGGAAGCCGUGCAGAUGCGUACCGACCGCCACCAAGCCAAUCGCAACGCCGUCGCGAGCCCCGGGUUCAAUCCUAGCAUGUAUGAUCCCCAUCGCGACUUCCAAGACAACGUGCAGAGAAUGGACCAUGUUUGGCGCGCUCAGGAAAACAUGCGCAUGGGACCUCUCAAUGGAUCAGCCAAUGGACCGGCAUUGGCUGGACCUUCCAAUGGUCCUAUCAAUGGACCUAUCAAUGGCAAUCGCGGAGAUGCCAUGAUGCACCAAGGCAUCAAAUACGAACGAAAAUCCAACGGACCUUUCAAGGAUCGACUGGUCAGCCAAGGAACGAUUAUCAAUAUCGAUGGCGAAGACUAUGUGGAAUACCGCGUGCUGACGAAGCCCACGUUCUUCUAGAAGGAGGGCGAAGGCGAGACCUUCGAGGAGCCUAGCGCAUAAAUCCGUAU